AUGUUUGACACGCUGUUCGGCACGUCCGCAUUGAUCUGCACGGACGCGACGCCGCUGGCCGCCACGUGCAACUGCGGUCGUCGGCAGCGGCAAGGCCCUCGGAGCAUCGACUGCGCCGGACGCGGCCUCGACAACCUGCCCGUCGGCCUGACGCUGCCCGGCGGCUUCUCGGCCGUGACGUUCGGCGAAAACAAGCUGACGGAGGUGAAGAGGGGCCAGUUUCGGUGGAACCCGGCCGUGACGACGCUGAACCUCUCCCACAAUCUGGUCUCGACGGUUGACCCUUGGGCGCUGGCUGGGCUGCCAGUACUACGGACGCUGCUGCUGGACCACAAUCAGCUGACGGAGCUGAAACUGAAGGCGCUGCAGGGUGUAUACGACCUCGCGCAGCUCGACCUUAGCUUCAAUCGGCUGCGCGUGCUGGACUCGCUGCUGUUCGUCAACACCGACAUCCGCGAGCUGCGGCUGCGCCACAACCCGCUGGUGACGCUUGCCCCUAGACUGUUCCUGUUCGUGCCGCGUCUGCGCCUGCUGGACCUGGGCGGCGCCGACCUGACCGCGUUGCCGGCUGACCUGUUCGCCAGCAGCCGGCUGCUGGAGACGCUGCUGCUGCCGGACAACCAGUUGACGGCCGUGCCGAGCGAGACGCUGGCGGCGGCGCCCGGUCUGAGCACGCUCGACCUCAGCGGCAACCGGCUGGAGAGUGUGAGCGUGGACCUGGCCGGGAAUAACCUGACGGGCGUCAGCCGCGACCUGCUGCCCUGGGGGCGCAUGGAGUUCGUCGGCGUCGAGCAGAACCCGUGGAUCUGUGAUUGCGACAUGGCCUGGGCAGCUGACGGCGCUUUCCCCCUCGAAGACGAGUCACUCGUGGUGUAA